GCUGGCGCUUAAAAUAAAAGAGAAUUUUAAAAUACCUAUCCGGGCGAUUUACGAUCUUCCAGACGUCAGAAACGACUAAGCAAAGGAACGUGCCUUUAAACUGCAGAUGUGACGUCAGACAGAGGGGUCCCUCCCGAGUCUGGACUCUCUGAGCUGCAAGUCCAGUACCGUACAGCUGGGGCGUCAACGUGACUUUCAUCAUUUGAAUGAAUGUUUUUUUUAAAUGUAUUUUUUAUUUCUGAUGAAUAGUCGACGUUCUAAGGAAGGAAGAGACUGACCAAACUCAAUCAGCAUUCAGGGGUGCGGCCUCUGUGCCUCCUUCAGAGGGCGAUUGGGUGCUCCUCCUGUGUUAACUUAGCACAGCAAGCUAACUAGCUAGCUAGCUAAGUUACUCUUGACUGUUGUCUCCAUCCAGCAAGCUGCGGCGAAGAUGGCGGACCCGGCGGAAUGCACCAUCAAAGUGAUGUGCCGUUUUAGGCCGUUGAAUAAUUCAGAAGUGGCAAGAGGAGAUAAAUAUAUACCGAAGUUUACAGGGGAGGAUCAAGUGUCUAUCUCGGGUAAACCGUUCAUGUUUGACCGGGUUUUUGGGUCCAAUACGACACAGGAGCAGAUGUACAAAGCCUCUGCUCAAAUGAUUGUUAAAGAUGUACUUGAAGGCUACAAUGGGACUAUAUUUGCCUUUGGGCAGACAUCAUCUGGAAAAACGCACACUAUGGAGGGCAGCCUCCAUGACCCGGAUAAUAUGGGAAUCAUCCCCAGAAUAGUCCAGGACAUCUUCAACUACAUCUACUCCAUGGACGAGAACCUGGAGUUCCAUAUUAAGGUUUCUUAUUUUGAGAUUUACCUGGACAGGAUCAAGGAUCUAUUGGAUGUAACCAAGAACAACCUGUCUGUACAUGAAGAUAAAAACCGGGUUCCCUAUGUCAAGGGGUGUACCGAACGCUUUGUGUGCAGCCCUGAGGAGGUCAUGGAUACUAUUGACGAGGGCAAAGCCAACCGACACGUGGCCGUCACAAACAUGAACGAGCACAGUUCGAGAAGUCACAGUAUCUUCCAGAUCAAUGUAAAACAGGAGAACACAGCGACCGAGCAGAAACUCAGUGGGAAGCUCUACCUCGUCGAUCUGGCCGGUAGCGAGAAAGUGGGUAAAACUGGAGCGGAGGGUGCAGUGCUGGAAGAAGCUAAAAACAUCAACAAGUCCCUGUCUGCUUUGGGCAAUGUAAUCUCUGCUCUAGCUGAAGGCUCGACCUACGUCCCCUACAGAGACAGUAAGAUGACUCGUAUCCUGCAGGACUCUCUAGGGGGGAACUGUAGGACCACCAUGGUCAUCUGCUGCUCCCCCUCCUCCUACAACGAGGCUGAGACCAAGUCCACCCUGAUGUUCGGACAGAGAGCAAAGACCAUUAAGAACACAGUGUGUCUGAAUGUGGAGCUGACAGCAGAACAGUGGAAGAAGAAGUAUGAAAGAGAGAAGUCAAAGAACACCACCCUGAGGAGCACCAUCACAUGGUUGGAGAAUGAACUCAACCGCUGGAGAAAUGGUGAGAGUGUGCCUGUGGAUGAGCAGUUUGACAAGGAGAAGGCCAACGCGGAGGUCCAGGCUCUGGACAACUUGGUGAACAAUGACAAGAUCGCCCCCUCGCCCAGCGUCCCCGGGGUCAAACUGACCGACGCGGAGAAGGAGAAGUGCGAGGCUGAGCUGGCCAAACUCUACAAGCAGCUGGACGAUAAGGAUGAUGAGAUCAACCAGCAGAGCCAGCUGGCAGAGAAACUGAAGCAGCAGAUGCUGGACCAGGAGGAGCUGCUGGCCUCCUCACGCCGCGACCACGACAACCUGCAGGUGGAGCUGAACCGCCUGCAGUCGGAGAAUGAGGCUUCCAAGGAGGAGGUGAAGGAGGUUCUGCAGGCAUUGGAGGAGCUAGCGGUUAACUAUGACCAGAAAAGUCAGGAGGUGGAGGACAAGACCAAGGAGUUUGAGGCUCUCAGCGAGGAGCUCAACCAGAAAUCGAGUAUCCUGGUGUCCAUCGAUUCUGAGCUGCAGAAGCUAAAGGAGAUGACCAACCACCAGAAGAAGAGGGUCACCGAGAUGAUGUCAUCGCUGCUCAAGGACCUGGCGGAGAUCGGCAUCGCCGUGGGCAGCAACGACAUCAAGCAACACGAGGGCAGUGGUCUGAUCGACGAGGAGUUCACGGUGGCUCGCCUGUACAUCAGCAAGAUGAAGUCUGAGGUGAAGACCAUGGUGAAGCGCAGCAAGCAGCUGGAGAGCAGCCAGGCGGACAGCAACCAGAAGCUGGACGAGAACGAGAAGGAACUGGCCGCCUGUCAACUGCUCAUCUCCCAGCAUGAGGCUAAGAUCAAGUCCCUGACGGAGUACCUACAGAACGUGGAGCAGAAGAAGAGACAGCUGGAGGAGAACGUUGACUCUCUGAAUGAGGAACUGGUCAAGAUCAGCGCCCACGAGAAAGUCCAGGCUAUGGAGAAAGAGAAUGAGGUCCAAACUGCCACGGAGGUCAAGGAGGCAGUAGAGCAGCAGAUCCAGUCUCACCGCGAGGCCCAUCAGAAACAGAUCAGCAGCCUGAGAGAUGAACUGGACAACAAGGAGAAACUCAUUACUGAGCUGCAGGAUCUGAACCAGAAGAUCAUGCUGGAACAGGAGCGUCUGAGGGUGGAGCACGAGAAGCUCAAGUCCACCGACCAGGAGAAGAGCCGCAAGCUGCACGAGCUGACCGUGAUGCAGGACAGGAGGGAGCAGGCCAGGCAGGACCUCAAGGGACUGGAGGAGACCGUAGCCAAGGAGCUCCAGACCCUCCACAACCUCAGGAAGCUGUUUGUUCAGGACCUGGCCACCCGAGUCAAGAAAAGCGCAGAGAUGGACUCUGAUGACACGGGGGGCAGUGCUGCUCAGAAACAGAAGAUUUCCUUUCUCGAGAACAACCUGGAACAGCUUACAAAGGUCCACAAACAGUUGGUGCGUGAUAAUGCAGACCUGCGCUGUGAGCUUCCUAAACUGGAGAAGCGCCUGCGUGCCACGGCCGAGCGGGUCAAGGCCCUGGAGUCGGCCCUGAAGGAGGCCAAAGAGAACGCUGCGCGCGACCGCAAACGCUACCAGCUUGAGGUGGACCGCAUCAAAGAGGCCGUUCGGGCCAAGAACAUGGCCAGACGGGGCCACUCUGCUCAGAUCGCCAAACCAAUCCGACCUGGCCAGCCCCCUGUGGCGUCCCCUACCCAUCCCAACGUCAACCGGACGGGGCUCUUCAACAACCAGCCCACCGCCAUCAGAGGAGGAGGGGCCAAGCAAUGACGGGCCAGGAACUGCUGAGAGAGACGAUCGCGGUCAGACCAAGGAAGAAACAUCCAUCCACAGGAGCUGGCAUUCCAUUACACAGAACUGUCAUGUCACAUGGGACAAUUCUUCCAGUAUCAAUGUUUAUACAUACAUGUAUGAAUAUAUAUAUAUAAGAAAUAGACAUGGGCUGUACAGUUCUAUUUCCUGAUCUUUUUUGUUUUCAUGUAUGACAAAGAAUUGGUUUCCAAAAAAAUCACAACAAGAACCAACAAAAGAAAAAGAACGAGUGCAAUCUUGGCAUCUGGCUAAAUUAACAAGAUCAUGCAACUAAUAACAUGUAGCUCUUCCGUUUGGAUCUUUUGCACAACUUUUAUUCCUUUAAUGCCCUAAAAGAAGUUUAGUCUGCACUGUGCCAAGUUGAAUGUAUGUCAUGGCUGGUUCUCAGAACAAGACUAAACAUUACAUAAAAAGUUCUGAAGAUCUGCUGAGAAGCAGCAUAUCCUGAUGUAUGUACUGUAUAACAUCAAAGUAUCCCUUUAGUCUCUAUAUCGAUAAAGCUUACUUUAAAGUUUAAAGCAAGCUGUUAAAACAGGCACAACUGUCCACUAUUGUACAGUUAGAAUGAGCACUGAACUGUUGUCUUUUCUCUUUGACGUUUCGUUUUUGUCAGGGCAAAAAGCAAAUCUUCAGGACCGUACACCAGUGACUAAUAUAAACAUAGUCCUAAAUGGCACCCUAUAUCCUUUAUAGUGCACUAAAUAAGGUACAGGGUGCUAUUUGAGAAGCAGACAGUUGGGUAGAUUAACAGCAGACAUGCUAAAAGAGCAUGAGUUUUGAUGUCACAUAUUAGAACAUGAAGCUGCUUCAGUGUCACACCUUCCCAAGAUAUCCAGUCAAUACUAAUGUACUGUAUGAUGAAAUGAUAGUAAUUGAACUGUGUUCCAAAUGUGUGUAUAUCAAUGUCAGCAUAUGCCGUUUGGUAAAAUGAAGAAAUGCGUCACUAAUCUUGUCCUACUGAUCCGGUUGGAUGACUGGAUAGAUUACUUUUCGGACCACAGAACGAGUUUUAUAGGUGAUUUUCCGGUCAUAUGUAUCCUGAUGAAUUUGUCAAGUUUAUAUGUUUUUGUAACUAAGCCAGCGAUCCCUUCUCACCAUUUACCAUAAAAAUGCAGAAGUCAUCCCUCUUAUCUGAGUUCACACAAAUGUCCAGACACCACAAUGGAAAUGGGAUGACUUUGUUUGCCAGUAGUUGGUGUGGAUUUGUCAUUGAGCCGGUAAUUUUAAUGAAAUGUUCAGCCCCUCAGCCCAACCCCCUAACUUAAGACCAAUCAUGAGUUUAAAUGUUCAGCCCCUCAGCCCUACAUCCUAACUUAAGACCAAUCAUGAGUUUAAAUGUUCAGCCCCUCAGCCCUACCCCCUAACUUAAGACCAAUCAUGAGGUUAAUUGUUUCUUGAUGUGUUCACGUUUUGAUUGUGCCUCUUGCCUGUGCAUAGUGGUGUGGUUUGGGCAUACAUUGUAGUGAUGUUCAGUUUCCUCCCUUAUUUAACUUUUUUGUUUUUCAUCUUUGUGUCCAAAUCUGUUGGUUGGGGAAUCGUUUGGGGGAAGAGGUACAUUUAGAUGUGUGGCUGUACUCUGGCGUCCAUAAUAGCUGAUUCACCAUUCUAUGGAACCUCGUCUCCUAAUUCAGCGUUACUAGGGUGUGUCUAGUGAACAAGAUUACAUUGCGGUUUGCUAAUGCAGAUAUGGUAAUGGAGUUUGUCUUUUUGUAGUCACCAGUCUUCAUUAUAACACCAUCCUCUCCAUGCUAUAGGUUAUAGACACCAAGUUAUUUAUUGCUGUGCUGGCUGUAGACAGUAUAUGAACUUCAGACUGUUUUUGUUUUUUACUUCCUAAAUUAUUUUUUGUUUUCAUUUUGUUGACUUUGUAUUCUCCAUCUCUAUCUGAAAAUGAAUUUAUCUGAAGAUGUUAUUGUCCUUCCUCAUACUCUGUAAAACUCUGAAGCAUCUGCAAAUCAAUGACUGCCGGUUGUGUUAUAGCCCAAUGCUGUAGAGGCAACCUAUCUGUAGUGAAUGAGUGCAAUAUGGAUCACUUAUUGAUACUGAUCAGAUAUUGUGAAGAACAUACACCAGGAUUAAGGGAGGGAGUAGGACCUGCAUUUAAAAUGAAGUAAAACAAACUAAAAUGAACAAAACAGUU